GUAUGACGUCAAACGGAAAUGUCUUCACAAAGCGGAAGCACGUUGAUAGUAUAGUAAAAGUCUUGGGGAAGGGCAGUAGAAGGACAGAUCUUCGGCUGAACACGACCUAGCUAGAGGGUGGACUUAAGAAGUCGAUUUCAGAGUAAACAUGCCUGCAGACAUUGAAAAGGGAAAGAAGGCCUUUGUCCAGAAGUGUGCCCAGUGCCAUACUGUGGAGAAUGGUGGAAAGCACAAGGUGGGACCCAAUCUUUGGGGUCUGUUUGGGCGCAAAACAGGCCAAGCUGAGGGCUUCUCCUACACCGAUGCCAACAAAAGCAAAGGUAUUAUUUGGAAUGAAGACACUCUGAUGGUUUAUUUGGAGAAUCCCAAGAAGUACAUUCCAGGAACAAAGAUGAUCUUUGCUGGCAUCAAAAAGAAGAAUGAGCGCGCUGACCUUAUUGCAUAUCUCAAGUCAGCAACAUCAUAAAGUAGUUUUGAUCGGCACCAUCUUCAUCUGCUAGUUUUUCCUCAUUCUUCUUUUUUUUUUUUAAUUUGGACAAACUGCUCAAGAGGCCAGGUCUUAUGAUAGUGUCAAAGUCAAGGAGGACAUGAAGCAGACUGGAUAAUGAUGGUUUUGUUGCCAUCUCUGUUUCUGACACAGUACUCUGCGCUGGAGUAAAUUGUAUACCCUGGUUUUAACAGGCUCCUUUUUAUUGUUAAUUUAUAGAGCAUGUACUGUGCAUUCUAAAUUGAAUAACUUGUAAUUAUUCAUUAGGUUUUCAAAAUUACUUGUUAUUUAAUGUUCCCACACAAUUUCAUGUUUGUAGGUUUUGAUAUCCUUGUUCUGAUCACUGACGCUACUUCUGUUGAGUGCUUCAUCAUUAAGCCCGAAAAUGAAAAACAUUAAACACAAUUAUUU